AUGACAAAUUUUUUCACGGAAACCAAAACCAAUGAAGUUAUUGAGCUCUCCUCCACAUCCUCUGAAGUAGAGAAUUUAUCCCUAGAGCGUGCGCUACUGUGGAAACUCGACUAUCACAUCCUCCCUCUCCUCUACCUAGCCUACAUCAUUACAUUCAUCGAUCGAGCGAACAUAGGAAAUGUCAAGAUCGAAGGGAUGCUCACAGAUCUCGAUAUGAAGGGGAAUGACUACAACAUCGCGUUGAUCGUUUAUGCGGUGCCGUUUAUCUUGCUGGAGUUGCCUUCCAGUCUGGCGUUGAGGAGAUACCGGCCGGGGAAUUACAUUGCGUUUAUUAUGUUUGGUUGGGGUGUUGCUACUCUUGGAGCGGGAAUUACGAGAUCAUACGCUGGUCUGUUGGUGUGCAGGUUUCUGGUCGGAUGCUUUGAGGCGGGGCUGAUACCUUCUUGCACGUUCUUGAUGAAUCAAUACUACAAGAAGUUUGAGUUCCAACGACGAUACUCAUUUUUUUUCACCAGUUCACACAUUGGAGGCGCCUUUAGCGGGCUCCUUACAUAUGCUCUCGUGAAAAUGAACAACAUUGGAGGAUAUGCAGGCUGGAGAUGGGUCUUCAUAAUAGAAGGACUCUUUACAAUCCUCCUCGCAAUAACUUCAUUCUUCCUCAUUGUCCCCCUCCCCGAAGACGUCACCUUUCUCACCCCCUCCGAGAAAACCCUCCUCCUCAAGCGUUUGGAAGGUGACCACCUGACUGCCACCUCCGAAGACAAGACACCUCUCACCCUCUCACAAAUCAUCAAAAUAAUGACACACUGGAAAAUCGUUCUCCCAUUGCUAGCAUGUUUUGCAUGCAACAUUGCCACCUCAGCAACAACAGCUUUCCAACCAACCGUCCUCAAGAACCUCGGCUUCACCUCCUCAUCCGCACAAAUCCACACCAUACCCGUCUACAUGAGCGGACUCUUCUUCUGUCUUCUCUUCGGCUUUGCUUCCGACCUCACACGCAUUCGCUAUCCUUACGUCCUCUUCGGUUCCGCUAUAACUUUGGUUGGUUGGACGCUUGAACUCGCGGCCGUGAAGCACAUUGAUGUCUCUACAGGUCUAGGAUGGCCGCAUCAACGCUACGCCGGGAUAUUCCUGCUACUGAUUGGAUUUUCAAUAGAGUUGCCGAUCUUGAUUGUUUGGGCGGGAAGCAAUCUCAAAGGAAGGAAAGAGAGGGUUGUCGGGUUCGCGACACUGAUUGGAGGGAGUCAAUUAGGGAACUUGGUGAGCGCGAAUGUGUUUAUUGCGAAGCAGGAGAAGUGUGGGUUUAAGACUGGGAUGGCGACUGGUGUUGGGGUGGGUUGUUUGGGGGUUUUGGCGGUCAGUGUGUUUUUUGGGGGCUUGUGGUGGGAGAAUGGAGGUCUUGAGAAGAGGGAGAGCGAUGGUGGGGAUGGUACCGGCGAUGAGAGGGGGUUUAGAAAUGUGUUUUGAAUUGUGAGGUUUGAAUUAGUAUUGAUUCUAGGGGUCCGAUCGAAUUUCGAAGACGACGGGCAAUUUGC